UAUAAUUAUAUAAUUAUAAUUAUAAAUAUGCACUAUGAGCUGUCAACAACUAACUUCAGUGUGCAUUUUUAUAAUCACAUGUCAAAUCGCAUACGGCCAAUUAAAUCCACCGUUUAACAUCCUAUCAUUGUUGACGGGAAACAGAAGCUUGCAGAAUCUUAAGCCGCCACCGCCGGGCUACCACUAUGAGCCGCUGGAAUACGUAUAUGUAAACUAUCCAAGCAAUAGGUUCACGAUACAAUUCGGCCGAUCGAACAUUGUCAAUAAAAGAAAUAAUGGUGGAAGAAAAAAAAAUAAAAAAAGUAAAAAUUCUGAUGACUUCAAUACUAACGACCCUCAGGAGACCGGGACAGCCGAUGACACUCCUCCAGAAAAUACUGAUUAAGCGUAACUUUUAUCAUAGAGUGUACUGUACAGUGUGGGAUUGCGAAACGAAAUGGAUGGUGGUGGAGUAUUUUUWUCAACUUUUCGAAAUUUGUAACAAGCAGUUUUAUUAAUAAUGUAUUCUUAUGGUUUUAAUCUAAGAAGUAACAAUAUAUAUAACAGUAAAUAUACUUAUAUAUAUAUAUAAGCUUAUAAAUAAUUAAAGUAAAAAUAAAUUUAUAUAGAAUAUCAAUAAUACCCUGUAAAAUUACUUACAUACCCACGUAUGCCUUCAAAAUGAAUCAAAGACAAUGUUAUAUAUUAUAUUUUAUACUCAGAUAUUCUUAACACAGCAUUCUUAGAAAGCCUUUUUCAAAACUUUUUUGAUUAAAAAUCCCACAAAUUAUA